ACGUUUAUAUUUGCAGUUUCUUUGCAUUGUUUUUAGUAAAGUUAGCAAGAAAAGGCUACAUUCUCGGUCGUCCUCGCGUUACCAACCUCCACUCGGCGUUUUUCGUAACCGCUCGGCUUCACCCGCCGACCCUCGGAGCCUCUCGCCAGAGUUGAUCCUUCGCUGUCGUCGUCCGCCUCGUCCUCCUCUCCGUGUUGUUGUUCUCGGUGACGCGACGGAGGUGUAGCCUGACGCGGUCUCUUACGUGUCGGUCUGAAUAAAAGUGGAGCUCCGUAGACCCGGGAGUGACGAAGCGAGUCUGUGUUGAUGAAGAUGGAAGCCGGUUCAGAGGUGCAGCAGAGCGGCGAAGCAGCAGUCUCUGAGUCCGAGGCGCAGCAGAUAACCCUCACCCAGGCGCCCAUCACAGCAGGCCACGUGACCUCCAGCAGCCCAGGCGUCACCAUCGUGCAGCUCCCCAACGGUCAGACGGUGCAGGUGCACGGCGUGAUCCAGGCGGCCCAGCCCUCCGUCAUCCAGUCACCUCAGGUCCAGGCCGUUCAGAUCUCCACCGUGGAGAGCGAGGACUCCCAGGAGUCUGUGGACAGCGUCACGGAUUCCCAGAAGAGGAGAGAGAUUCUGUCCAGACGGCCGUCCUACAGGAAGAUUCUGAACGACCUGUCGUCCGACGCUCCCGCCGUGCCUCGCAUCGAGGAGGAGAAAUCUGAAGACGACUCCGGUCCAGCCAUCACCACGGUUACCAUGCCCACCCCCAUCUAUCAGACGAGCAGUGGGCAGUACAUCGCCAUCACGCAGGGCGGGGCCAUCCAGCUGGCCAGCAACGGCACCGACGGGGUCCAGGGCCUGCAGACCCUCACCAUGGCCAACGCCGCCGCCUCGCAGCCCGGCACCACCAUCCUGCAGUACGCCCAGACCAGCGACGGCCAGCAGAUCCUCGUCCCCAGCAACCAGGUCGUCGUUCAAGCUGCUUCCGGCGACGUCCAGGCCUAUCAGAUCCGGACGGCUCCGACCAGCACCAUCACGCCGGGUGUCGUCAUGACAGCGUCUCCCGCGUUGGGAACAGGAGGAGGCACAGAGGAAGUCACACGGAAACGGGAAGUCCGGCUAAUGAAAAACAGGGAGGCAGCCCGGGAGUGUCGCAGGAAGAAGAAGGAGUACGUGAAGUGUUUGGAGAACCGCGUGGCCGUACUGGAGAACCAGAACAAAACCCUCAUCGAGGAGCUCAAAGCCCUCAAAGACUUGUACUGCCACAAAUCAGAGUAGAGCGCCCCCUGUGUACAGAGACUCCGCUCAGAGCCGCACCUGGAAGCCACUCCUCCUUUUCUACGUUUCCUGCUUUCUUACGAAAAAAAAAAACCAAACAAACAAAAAAACUGCUGAUAAA